AUGUGUAAGGACGUGUGUGGGGCCAAAGCUCAGACCCUCAACAGGUGUUUUUGGGGAGGUGUAGGAGUGAUGAGUGGAGGUGGGUAGAGGUCUGCCAGACAGGAGGCUCAGUGAUGAGCAUUCCAGGGUGGAAAAGCAACAGCCCUGUAGGUCCUUUAUAAUUCUACUUGGAGAAACAUGGUUUUGGUGUUUUUAGAGGACAAUAAGCCUGGCAUUUACAAGCCAAAAUGCAAGACAUUAGCAGUGCUCUGAUCUCUGUGUUCACCUUGCAGCUGAGGGACCUCCCCGAGGGCAGCAGCACCCAGGCUCCAUGUGGGCAGAGCAGCUUCACCUCCUGCAGAGCUGAGACAGACAGCAAGUGACAGCCCUGGAUAUGGGCUCCAAUUCUGCGUGCAAGCAUCAGUCUGGAGACAAGCAGCAUUUGCCACCCCCCAGCUCACCUUAAGGCACCAGUUGGUUUAAAAGAAAACCCUCCUCGGCUCUUCUGCGGUGCCUUUGCCUGCCCGGCUCUACCCAUUGUGCCCCGGCGAUGCCGACAAGUCGAGUCACGCAUGGGCUCUGAGGGAGGAGGAUGGGGCUGAUAAGAUCCUGACCGAAGCUGGGCUGUCUCUGCAUUCAGGUCCAGAGCAGUGGAGGGUCCUGGCAUGAACCUCUUCGGGCUUCUCACCCUGCUGUCCAUCACUGCUGCUGCCAGCAGCACCCAGGACCCAGGGGGUUCCCCGCUGCAGAGUGACUCAGCUCUGCCUGUGCUGGUGACAAGCGUGUGCUCGGAGCGAAACGCAGCUCUCGUGGGAGGAGGCGCGGCAGCGUGCUGCAUGCCGGCGGAUGAGAUACAGCCGCUUGUCCCUGCCCGGCUCUGGCCCCAUCCCUGUGGCCGUGUUCGAUACGGCCACGGCCGCCACUCCCUGUGUGGAAAGGGGAAAUUGCUCGCGCGGCAAAGGGAAAUAAACAGGAGGAGACCAGCCAUGACAAAAACGUCACGUCUCAGUUUUCAUCGCCGAGACAUCAGAUGGACCAGCAAGGGGGGAGCCAAAUGUUGUGGAAAAGGUCUAAUUGCCCAAACCAUCAAGCCCAGCAGUUUGCCCGGGCGCUGGAAGGAGAAGGCAGCUCCGAUGCUGCUGAAGCUUCCCCGGCUGCGAGGGAGGAUGCUCGGGUUCCCCGGGGGGGCUGGCAGCCAGGUCUCCAGCCUGGCACAAGUGGAACUUCCCGACGCUCUGGGGUGGGAUGUCCCCUCUUGCAUGGGAAUCAGGCUUCCCAAAGUGAGCUGUGUUGGCUUGGGCACAAUCCCAAUGGCCUGGGGGCACACUUGUCCUUGCAGCCACAUGGGCUAUACUGUACCGAAGCUUAAGACCACUGAAUCUGGAGAAGUUUCCAUCUGCCCACCCAAGGUGGUACAAGCGUGACUCCCCUGGGGAGAAGGUCAGGCUUGUCCACUCCAGUUUGCAGUCCAUUGCCAGGACAAGCUGUACCCUCGCUGGGGGGUGCCGGGAGCAGCAGCACAGGGUGAACCCCAACCAGCCACCUCACUACCCAGAGCACAGGGAGCUCAGCAGACAAGGCCAUGGCAGCCCAAAAAGCUAUGGCAGAUGACAAAAAGUCCCAAAUGAGCCCCCAGAACAACCAGCCCAGGCUGGCAGAGGCUCCUCUCCUGCCCCGAGGCUGAACCCGAGUGCAAGGACCUGAGCACAAGGACCUGAGCUCAGACAGAGACACUGGGAGAAUUCACACGCCAAGACAGGUUGGUUUUGGUUUUUUUUAAUCUACCACAUGGCUUUUUCUUUUUCUUUUUUUUUUUCAUUUUGAGACAGGAGUAAUAACUGCUAAAGAUGCAUAUGGAAUUUGAAUAUGAAUGAUUAGAACAGCUGUGUAUAUCUAUUAUGAAUGAACAUAAACAGAAAUGUAUAAACUGAGAUUUUGGGGCUUUUGGAAGAAUUAGUGCCUUUGUUCCUGGAUUUUUUUCCUAUCAAAGUUUGAACCAAAGCCCAUUAGCCUGGACUUUCCCGCAGCCGACCAAGCCAGGAGCUUCAUUUCACCCUGGCUCUGAGCCACGAUGAAUUCUCCUCAACAGCUCAGUGAGCCCUAAUCCUAACAAAUUUACCCAGAGAAGUGGGUCUCUUAUUACACAGCCUAAUUUGAAUGCUUUCCAAGGUUAAUUUCUGCUCACUCUCUCUCUCUCCAAAUGCGCCUGCCCCUCUGGAGCCAGCUCCCCCCUCUCCCAGCCCCCCAUCCCGACCCCAGGGGGAGCAGCCCCCUUCACCACCGCAAUGGUUUUUAAACGAGAAAAUAAUGUGAUGUGCGUCCCUGGGUCCAGGCUUUGCCCGGAGGGUUUCUUAAUGCCGAGCGACUUCCUUUGCAAAUUAAUUGCAACUUUAGUUGGGCGAAAAUAACCCUGGAAGCCCCUUCCCCAUGGGCUCUUCCGCAUGUGAUAUUACUCGGUUAAUCUGAUUCCUGCGACUCUAUUUCUUCCUUCCUCUCCCCGGCGUGCCGGUGGCUGCCUGCGAGGGUCCUGGCACAAUGACCCACCGGGUGAGGGGAGCAUCGCUGCUGCCCAGCUGAACCGGCCCUGGCUCUCACUUUGCAGCAGAAAGUGCAAGAAAACCUCAGCACCAGGAAACUAAAACCCAGUUCAGCGCUGAGAGCAGCUGCCGGAUCCAUCAGGGAAGGAACCAGCUGUGCCUGGUGGGCGGCGAUCGCAGGAGAGGGGUGGUGGGGGGCUGCCGGGUUGGUGUGGGCUCACAAGCACCGGGGGAUUAAAAGGAAGAGUUUCAUGGAAAAAAGAGGUCUGGAGGAGCCAGGAGCCCACCUCACCCACCGGCCUGGCUAGAUGAGGCCCUGGGGGUGCUUUCUGCUGGUUUUAAGCUGCAAGAAGCAGAGCUGCAGGUGUGGAGCAGCAGCCUCGUUGCUCCAGGCUGGGGCUUCCUGUGUGCCUCAAGGCAGUGAGGUCAUAGAAUCGUAGAACAGUUUGGGUUGGAAGGGACCUUCAAAGGUCAUCAAGUCCAAGCCCAUGUCAUGAGCAGGGACAUCUUCAACCAGAUCAGGUUGCUCAGAGCCCCGUCCAGCCAUGAAUGUUUCCAGGGAUGGGGCACCCACCACCUCUCUGAGCAACGUGGGACAGUGUUUCACCACCUUCAUUGUAAAAAAUUUCUUUGCCAUAUCUAGCCUGAAUCUCACCUGCUUUCCUUUAAAACCAUCACCCCUUGUCCUAUCACGACAGGUCCCUGAUGCAUGCCCUGCCCAUUGCCCAGCCACCGCAGCAGCUGCAAUUCACCCUGCUUGCUCCACUUUCCUCACUUCUGUUUCUUUGUACUUGGUUGAUGCCUCUGCAUUUUCUCACGCUGAGCACCACAGGCAGCACAGCAUCCCAUUGCUAGCUGGUGAUGGAGCAGGGGUUGGGAUGUGCCGGUGCUGUGCUGGGGUGGCUGUGCCAAGCUGGAGCAGCAGUGGGACCAAAGCACCAGGAGCAGCACCGAGCUCUUCCCAGCGGUGAUGCCACAAUGAUGUCCUCUCUGAAGUGCCUCUGUAGGUCAUGUCUGCUGCAUCCUGCUGCCAGGUAACCUCCUGUUGCUGCUCCCUGUCCCUCCCGAUGCUGUCGGGAGGUUGUCUCACUGAGCAGAUUCUCAUGUUUGAUGAUUUUGCUCCAGGCGUACGAGCUGCACGUAUCAAAGCUGAACUACUUCUUAUCUACUGGCUGUGUUCCUGCCUGCUCCCAGCCUGGCAGUCCCAGCUGCGGGGUGUUUGCAGCAGCUCCCUGGCACUAUGUGUCAUGGUGGAUUUGAGGUGCCGGUUUUGGGGGGGAGCCCCAGGGCAGGUCUCUAGGCUGCAGAUCGGAGGGACGAGCAUGGUGGGGGCUCCAUCUGCCAGGAGGAUGCUGGUCACUGCUGCAAGGUCAGCCUUAAAUAAUAGGGGUAGUAAAAAUAAGGCAGCCUGGAGGGAAGGAGAGAGAAACUGAGUCCUAAUGAGGUUGCACGGAUGCAUCGGUGUGAUUAUUUCAUGGAAAUAGUUUAAAAAAGGAAAAAAAAGCAUCAAGUUUAGGUUGAAGGAUGUGGGACACAGCAGCCAGGGUACAGUCCCACGAGGGCAUGGAGGGGUCUGUGCCUCCCUCCCCACCGAGUUCCCACGCCACUGAGCUGCCCUUGCCCCUCUGCACUGGGGAAGGUCCAGGGCAAGCCCAGGCUGCAGAGGGAGAAGCUGCUCAGCAUGGGAUGUGGAUUGACAUCUUGUCACCAGCUUUAUUGCAACCAAGUGUGGUGCCUGGUAUGAAGGGGCAGGAGGUUUGCUUUUAGGGAUGGCCAAAAUGUACCAAGAGUUGAGGUAGCAAACACAGAAAAAGGAAGUUUUUAGAAGGGAAAUAAAACAUUGAUGGCUCAGGGCUUUAGGCAACCCUUGGUGCCAAGGCAGGAAAGUAAUUAGUGCUAUAGGUGGGGAAAUAACCAGCAUUAAAUGUAAGCAGGGCGAGGGCAGGUUGAAGGGGCUGCGAGGAGGAGGAUGGGCAGGGCCUCUCCAGGAGAUGCAAGGACUGAGUCUGGAGCUCCCCAAGAUACCCCUCCAGCAUCUUGCCGGGGGGACACACCAGCAGCUCCCCAGCCACCUCCUUGCCCUGGCUGCCUCUGGCCCCGGGCCAGGAGAACGGCUCUCCCGAGCACGGCGGGACCGGUCCAGCCCCGCGCACCUCCAGUUAUCCUGGGCUGGAGACUUUCCAGGAAUCCCAUCCCGUCUCUCUCUCCUGACCCUGCCUCCCCCAGUCUCUCCCCCCACAAAGCAAUUUGACUUUUAUAGUAAUAACUUCUGAACCCUGAAUUGGGGCCAUGCCAAGGAAAGCAGCAGAAAACAAUGUGAUGGGCCUCGGCAGGCGCGGAAACUCCAGCGACCAAGACCAGCCCUAAAAUAACUUUCAAGCGAUUCUUAUUUAUUCUGGGAGAAAGUUCGUUCAUUCACAAUUUGGAGGGGAGAUAAAUCAGGGCAGGCUCAGGCUGCACAGAGACAGCUGCAAACGCAGGGUGCAGCCAGCUCACCACCAUCCUCCUGCAUGUGUGCAUCCCUGUGCCCUGCUGACAAAAAACACACAGGUUUUGUUUGGGUUCUGUUUGUUGGGGGGUUUUUUAAGGGUAUUUGGGUUCAUCUGGAAGCCCUGGGUUCAGGCAGAAGAGUCCAGCUUGAGGCUAGGGAGCUGCAUACCUUGUGUGUCUGUGCCUGCAUGUGUUUUGGCCUCCCCUGGCACGCUGGUCGGUGUGACCACUGUACUGCACGCCCAUGGCUUGCACGCUCAAGGUGCUGGUUCCUGAUGGGCGGUGCAAGCAGGUGUGGGACAGGGAACAUGGGCAGCACCCCACUGCAAGUGCCAGUGAGCAUCAGCAUGUGCUGGCCAGCUGCCAGCUGGGCAAGCAGCAAGUUAUGCGACCUCAGAAACUCAGUGAUGUUUCUGCAGUUCCAAGCCUGCUGUGGGUUGCCUACAAUUCUCUGGGACAGAGCCAGAGCUCCUGGCUCUGCUGGAGGAGUUGUGGGCAGGCAGGACAACAGCAGUUGCUUUCUGAAUCAGGGAAAUGCUGCUGUCCAAGGGCUGGGAAACACAGUCCCUGCCUGCUGGGUGACGGAGUUGAUGGAGACCUUACUGCACAGCUCUGUGGGUGUGAUGCAGACAGACAGUGACCUAACUGGGGACAAUAGGCAUUGCCAGCUUUGUCUGCAGAUCAUCUCCAGGAAGGAUGCGCAUCCAAGGCUGCCUGCUCACGGGCAUCUCCACGGCAAGGUUUGAUCCCACUCCACCGCAGCACCAGCCGGCUCAGCCACAAUGUCACGGUGGAACAGGGCAGCAUUGCCAUUGUCACUGCCCUGCAUGCUGGCUUUUGGGGUCAGCACUGCUCCAGAGUGGGAAAACUGAGGUGGGAAAUGAGGACUGCAGAGCUUGCCCACAUCACCCCCCCUUCUUCUGCCUGCAGUCUGGGGGACGUUGCUGAGCAUCCCCUCACAUUUUCACUUUUGGGUUUGUUUCUGAUAUGCAGAAACAGUGAAGCUGGGACCCUGGAGCUGCAGAAGAGACCCAGCCCAGUGCUGCCAAAGGGAUGAUUCUGUCCUGUCCCUUGCUGUGUGAGGAGAGCAUGAGCUGAUGUUCAGAAACACAAACAGCCUGGUGCUGGACAAACUGUGGCUUGGCCGCCCUGGCAGCACAGAUUGUGGGGAGAGCAGGGUUAACGCAGGCAGAGCAGCCCUCCAGCAGUGCCGGUUGGCACACUCCGCUUCCUUCGUGGCACAGUGCCCGUGCCGGUGAGACUGGCCCUGCCAGGCCACAACCCUCAUCCUGCCAGGCAGGAAAGCCUUCGGCCCUGCACUCCUCCUCACCUCCCCGUGUCCCCUGCCCUCUGCCCCAGCACUGCUGCAGGCAGCCCUGUCCUUGCCAGCUGACUUCCAGCAUCACCGCUCUUUGGGCUCUCUGAGCAGCUUGUGAUUUUGGCAGUCAGCUCAGGGUCUCACCAGCCAUUAUUACAAUGAUUAUUUUUGUUUUCCCAGCUUGAAAGGGCUCCCCUCUCACCUUGCUCCUGGCUGGCCCCAAGCCAGGUGGGACUGCGCACGGAACAAGGGGAGCAGGAGCAUCCUGCACUGCCACGGCAGGGGACCGCAGAGGGAUGCGGGAGGUGGGGCGGAGGGGAGAGGAGGUCCUGUCCCUCCUCUCCUCCUGAAGGUUCAGAUAGGAAAUCAACACCCGCUUGGUUAAUUCAUUAUCUUUGAUUAGUGACUCCGAAGCUUAGAACAGUUAAUGGGCUCCCUCCUGCUGGUAAAUCUCCAAGAGGGGCUCAGCGAAGUUAUCGGCACCAACAAUGGCAAGGGAGGGAUGAGGAUGAGAGCAAUUGAAUUAGAAAGCUGUUAAAUGAAAAAGCCAAACUGAGCCAGAGGGGGGACGAUGCAAGAUGGUCACACCACUAAAACACAGGGUAGAUCACUGAGCUGUGGCCAGGUCAGGGCUGGGGCAGCAGCUCCCUGUGGCCACCAGCCCAGGCUGGGGUUUGUAUUGCAUAUGCUGAUAUUGCAUAUCCCUUACAGUUCCCUUCACCAACACCACCUUCUCCCUACGUGGGCUGCAUCUUCUUCCAAGUGGGUGUUCCUCCAGGGCCUAGGUUUGGUUGUUGAUUAAAUUAGCUCACAAGUAACCUAUUUGUGAUGAUGACGUGAUGUAGCAACCUUCAGUGUUUUCAUUAAAAUAUACAUGUAUAUAUUUGUUUUCUGUGGUUAUGAAUGUAAUUCCACAAUCCACUUAGGAGCCGGUAAUUUUCUGGCUGAGGUGGGAAGUUGCUGACAUCUUGUGAUACAUGACAAGAUUGAUUGUAUUUGCUUACCCUUUAACCUAAUAAAGAGAAAGAAUGUUCCUUA